CACGGGAGCGUCGCCGAGGCGCAGGGGCCGCGGUGAGGCGGGAGCGGCGGCGGCGGCGGCCAGGCCGUGCUCCUGAGCCACAGCCAUGGCCACGGACUGGCUGGGCAGCAUCGUGUCCAUCAACUGUGGGGAGAGCCUGGGCGUGUACCAGGGCCGGGUGUCUGCCGUGGACCAGGUCAGCCAGACCAUCUCCCUCACGCGGCCCUUCCACAACGGCGUCAAAUGCCUCGUGCCAGAGGUCACCUUCAGGGCGGGUGACAUCACUGAGCUGAAGAUCCUGGAGAUCCCAGGCCCGGGGGACGGGGACUCACAGCCGCACACGGACACGGCCGUGCCGGGCGUGGGCUGCCAGGUGGGGCCCAGCCAGAACGGCGCCGCCAAGGGGCUGCGCAGGGCCCCGGCCAGCAGCGCCCCGCAGAGCAUCCCCAGGAGAGCAGACACCAAGAGCCAGGACAUGGUGGUGUCCCCGCAGCAGCAGUGCUCCAAGAGCUACAUGGACCGGCACAUGGAGACGCUGGGCCAGCCCAAAGGCUUCCGGCGGAGGCACAAUUCCUGGUCCUCCAGCAGCCGCCACCCGAACCAGGUGACGCCGAAGAAGAGCGGCCUGAAGAACGGGCAGAUGAAGAGCAAGGACGACGAGUGCUUCGGGGACGACAUCGACGAGAUCCCCGACACCGACUUCGACUUCGAGGGCAACCUGGCCCUCUUCGACAAGGCAGCAGUGUUUGAGGAGAUCGAGACCCACGAGAGGAGGAGCGGCACCCGCUCCCGGGGCACGCCCAGCGAGAAACCCGCCCGCUACCGGCACGACGAGAACAUCCUCGAGUCCGAGCCCAUCGUCUACAGGAGGAUCGUGGUGCCCCAGAACCCCAACAAGGAAUUCUGCACGGACUCGGGGCUGGUGGUGCCCAGCGUGUCCUACGAGCUGCACAAGAAGCUGCUGGCGGUGGCCGAGAAGCACGGGCUGACCCUGGAGCGGCGGCUGGAGAUGACGGGGGUUUGUGCCAGCCAGAUGGCCCUGAGCCUCCUGGGGGGGCCCAACAGACUAAACCCCAAGAACGUGCACCAGCGGCCCACGGUGGCGCUGCUCUGCGGGCCCCACGUGAAGGGCGCGCAGGGCAUCAGCUGCGGCCGCCACCUCUCCAACCACGACGUGCACGUCAUCCUCUUCCUCCCCAACUUCGUCAAGAUGCUGGAGUCCAUCACCAACGAGCUGAACCUUUUCAGCAAGACACAGGGCCAGCAGGUGUCCAGCGUCAAAGACCUCCCAGACACUCCGGUCGAUUUAGUGAUCAACUGCCUGGAUUGCCACGAGAACGCCUUUCUGAGAGACCAGCCUUGGUACCGAGCAGUGGUGGACUGGGCCAACCAGAACCGCGCCCCCGUGCUGAGCAUAGACCCCCCCAUCAGCGAGGCCGAGCUGGGCAUCGACGCCAAGUGGUCGCUGGCGCUGGGGCUGCCGCUGCCGCUGGGCGAGCGCGCCGGCCGCGUCUACCUCUGUGACAUUGGCAUCCCCCAGAAGGUCUUCCAGGAGGUGGGCAUCAACUACCACUCGCCCUUCGGCUGCAAGUUUGUCAUCCCCCUGCACUCCACCUAGAGCCCCGGCGCUGGAGGGAGGAGGAGGAGGAGGAGCUCUGUGAGAAAACCGAGCUGUGCGCCGGAUCCCGGCUGCGCGGCUCUGCUGAUGCCUUGGAAAAAAGGGGUGUGAGGUUCUGGGAAGGAACGCUGUGUAUUUACAAAGAAAAAAAAAUGGGAUAAUCGUAAAACAAAAUGAAAAAAAACAAACAAAAAAAGAGGAAGAAGAAGGAGGAGGAGAAAAUGGAUUGUUCCUGCAAAGCCGUUUUCGUUCUCUCAUGCCAUGGGAUGAAGGAACGUGCAGGACCACGGUGUCUAUCCCCUGCUGCUGCCCAGCCCUGGCUGGCACGUGGUACAAAUAAGGGUGAUUCAGAGCUUUGAGAUGUGUUUCAGGUCCUUCUGGUUGGAUAUUCCCAGCAAGGACGUCCUGGUGGGAACAGCACCCCUUGAUUGUGUAGAAAUCCCUUGUGUCGAGGGAAAAUCUCGUUUGGUUCCAUGUUGUUUUUGACUGCCCCGUCCCUGUUUUGUGUUCCAGAAGGCAGCUGUAGCUCCCUCUCCUUCCCAGCCCUCACGGAGAGGGUUCCCUGUUUGGAAAGCUCGUGUCAGGAGCCAGAGGCUCACACGUGCUCCGGGAACACUGAUGUCCUUCCUCAGCUAGGCCUUACUGCUUACGUACUGUUGGCUUUUCUUUGUUCACUUUGUGGCCGAAGCCCAGCUCUGUGGGGUGGAGGCCUGGUGUGGGAAAGAGCUUUUCCCGGAUCCUGGUGGGGUUUGGGAUUGUUUUCUGUUGUUCUUUCUCCGUGCUGGCCCAGGGAGUGGCUGCUCCAGGGCUGGGGCAGUGGGGCAGGGCAGGCAGGGCUGCUCUGGUGGGUGGUGCAGGUGAUGUGUGGGGUGAGCUCCCCUGUCCUUGCAGCAUCCCUGCCACGUUUGGUGUGCUUUGGGAAGGAGCUCACGGAUCUGUUCAUUCCCUUUGGGAUCCAAGCAUGGGCCCGAGGAGGGCCUUGGCUCUUGUUUGGUGGCAGGAGAGGGCAAGGUGGGAGCUGCUGUGCUCCCAGAGGCUGUGGCAGAGAUCCUGGGCGGGGUUUCCAUCGGGAAUCUGCUCUGGUGUGGGUCUGCUGCCCCGUGCCCGGCCAGACACGUUGGAUUAUCCUUCCCUGUGUUCCCUGGUUGGCCUGGGUGCAGUGCCUGGAGCAGGGACGAGCUGAGGAGCCACCAGCUUGCUGGCUUUGGCACUCAGCUUGGGCCCCUCCGUGUGCCCCGGGCUGGGGCAGGGCCGCUGCAGCUGCAGGAGGCGCUGCGAGGAGCUGGGGCUGUGGGCAGUGCUGCAGCUCUGCUUCUGCUCUCACACUCACCCGUCCCCAGCACUCCUGCAGGCUCCUGCACCUCGCACAGCCCUGCUGUGGCAUCGGGGACAGCUCCAGGUGCUGCCUCUGUCCAGGGGAGCCCGGACCCUUGGGAGCACAGGGACCAGUGUGGGCCCAGCCCCACGGACCCGCCUGUGCCCCGCGCUGGGGCUGCAGUCAGGCACUCAUCUUUCUUUUCCUCUGCUAGAACAAAGGCCAGGCCUAUCAAAGGAGGAGGGAAGAGCCUUCCCUGCUUGCAAAGAAGCAAUCACUGGCUCCAGGCUGCGAGUGCGGAGCACCGGGAAGGGCCCAGGAGGCUGCUGAGCCCCGGGCUCCCCCCGAGCUCUGUCCCCCUGCACGUUGCCGUAUCUACCUCAGCAGGAGCAGGGGCUGUGCCCCGGCUGGCUGCAGCCCUGGCUCCCCUCAGCUGCUCUCGCACACGCGGCAGGGCUGGCGUGGGGGCUCUGCCCCCGUCCUGGGCACAGGGCCGCGUGUGCCCCACGGUUCAGCCCCAGCUGCGGUGGCACCGGCCGGGCUGUGGUUCUGACAGGGACAGGACAGGGCUGUGGUGGUUAUUCACAACACAAACACAAGGUUUCCCCCUGCGUUUUUUGUUUUUUCGGCUGUUUUCUCGGACCUUUACCCGGGAGCAGCCGCAGGUUAAAAAGGUUGUUGCUGUAGUCAGUGUUAGCUUUAGUCCCCUUAUUCUCACUCUCUUUGCUCAAGACACUCAGUAGGAGACUUGCUGUUUCAAUUUCUGCUUUCUGCAGGUUUUUCCUGCCCUUUCUGGGUUUGGCUGUUGAACUGGAUGUAGCUUGUACAGGGCAGGGAUAGUCCAGGGCUGCUCUGCCCUGCCUGGAAGGCUCUGGAGCAGCUGAUGGUGUUUGUGCAGGGAUGGAGCUCUGGGAAGCACUGAGGCCCUGGGUGCUGUCAGCCUUGAAAUGGUUCCCCACGUGGAAGUAGAAAAUAAAGUGCACAGCGUUGCACAACAGGAGGGUUCAGCCCCUGGUGUAGGGAAGGAGAUUCCUGAGCCCACAUCCGUGCAGGGUUCAGGGCACAGCAGGCAGUGGGGCUGUGCUCACUGCCUGCUAGGUUUGGGUAUUGGGCUGUACCCCCUCACAGGCAGCUGUUUUUGGCUUCACACGCCUGGAACGUGAGGUGCCAGCUCUUCUGGGGCGCUCAGAGACCCCGAGCGGGGUCUGGGUGUCCUCACUGCCGUCCCACACGGUGCCAGGGUUCGUUCUGAGAAGGGAGCACUGCUGGAGCUGUGCUUGGGAUGGUUCCCACCCCCGGAGGUGGCCCUGGGUGACAGGUGACGAUCACUGCGCUGUGGCACUGCUUGGUGACCCCAUUCGUGACCCGAUGUUUGUAACGACCAAUCCCUGCCACUGCGGGGGACAAUAAAUGAAAUAAAGUGCAGCUCUUCAUGUGUGC